AUGGGUAAAAAAGAUUUAUCUGAGGCAAAAAGAAUUUCAAAACAUCUUAAGCACGGUGGUCUUGGAAAACUAAAGCUUUUCUGCGAUGUUUGCAAAUUUCAAGCUCGAGAUCCUGAAGCAUUUAGAGCGCAUACACAAACUGAACAUCACAGAUUGAUGAUGGCCCGGUUCAGACAAUCUGAAAAGGCAACAAUUGAUGCCAAUUCAAUGAAAUUUCAAAAAGAAUUUUUACAAGUUCUGAAAACAAGAUUUCCGAAUAAAGAAGUUAACGCAAAUAUUGUUUAUAUGCAAACAAUUUCAGAUCGUAAUCAUCAGCAUAUGAACUCAACUCGAUGGGAGUCUGUUAGAGGUUUCCUUACAGAAAUGCAAAGAUUAGGUUAUUUAACUGUAAGAACAACCGAACAAGGACGAUUCAUCAAGUACAUAGAAGUAGAUCCUGCUCUUCAAAUCGCAGAAAAAAUUAAAACUCAAGUAGAAGAACAAUUUAAUAAAGACUUAGAAAACACAAGAUCAUCAAUUGAGGAACAAAUGAAAUCUGCUCCUGCUGUUGUUUUCGAAGAUACAGUCAAAGCUCCACAAUCCGUUAAUGUCAGCUUUGCAACAGAAGAAAAACCUGUUCAGAAAAAGGUGUCAUCUCUAUUUGGAGGAAGCAACAAGCCAAAACCACCUCCAAAGCCUCCAAUGAAAUUAUAA